AUGGGGGUUUCGUAUCUGUGGAGGAAGAGACUUCAAGAUGACCCUGACUGUCUCAAAGGGAAGGCCCAUUCAGCUUGUUUGAAUAAAACUAGUGAGAACCAUCCUGUUUUGUGUAUUGAAACUUCCUGCUGUUCUCCUUCAACCCAGGAGCCCUCAGUCCGGCCAAAACAAACCCAUGAGUCAGGACAGGGCCAGUCCAAGAGCUCUCAAAGCUUCAGAGCCCCACUGGAGAGAAACUCCAGACCAGAGCAGCUGAAGCAACACGAUAAGGAGUCCAUCGCAGGACAUAACUCUGCAUCUGAUUGUAUCCAAACAGUGUCAUAUGAAUCACAGACCACCAAGAAAAAGGUGAGCUUUAAUUAUCCAGUAUGGAGCUACGGGCCUGUUGAUCCUGAAGAGCUGAUGAGAAUCAAGAGAAGGCAAGUUCAACCUCAGCAGCCCAGACAGUCCAACACUUUCAGAAUACUACAGGAGGGACUGGAGCGAACAUCACUGCCAUCUGGAGCGGUCCAGCGCAGUCAAAGGUUUCGCACUUGUGAGAGAUGUGGUUACAUCAUUGUAACUCAGGUGGUGAAGAUCAGAGAGGCGCUACAGACACGUGGAGUGCUAUACCUGCAGAGACUGUGGUUUCAGUCUCAUGGAGCGAGGACAUUUCUGUGUGGAUGAGGAGCUGUACUGUGGGAAACACGCUCAGCAGAGAUGCCAGACAGCCAAUGGCCUUCACUCCCUAAAAACACUGGUGAGGAGCACAUCAAUUCAGUGCCAUGGGAGAAAUGAUCUUUCUAAUCAAUGAAAGUGGAUGGUGACCAGGAUUAUCAAGCUCCAAAAAGGACAAAGAAGCACCAUGAAAGCAUCAUAAAGAAUCUUCUGAAGCUAUACAAUAGAUUUGUGUGAGGAACACACUGAAAUUGAAGUCAUAUUCAAUACAAAUCAAGCAUUAAAGGGAUAGUUCACCCAAAAAAUUAUUUACUCACCCUCAUGUCGUUUCAAAACUGCAUGUGACUUCUUUCUUCUAUAGAACACACAUGAAGAUAUUUUGAAGAAUGUUGAUUACUAAACACUUUUGGUUCCCAUUGACUUCCAUUUUAUUUUUUAUCCAUACUAUGGAAGUCAGUGGCACCCGAAACUGUUUGGUCACCAACAUUCUUUAAAAUGUCUUCUGCAGAAGAAAGUCCUACAGGUUUGUAACAAUAUGAGGGUGAGUAAAUAAUGACAGAAUUUAGAUUUUUGACUAAAUUAUUUCUUUGUUGCAUAUGUUCUUAGUCCUCUCUAGAGGGCACUAUUUUCACAUGUUUCACUAUUGUAUUACAAUAAUUAAAUACCUGCAGUGUGUGACUUUGAGCUGUGGCUGAAUGAUGAACUUAUGCAUUCAAUAAAUGUCUGGCAUCGUUGUGAAAGAGAUGACAUCAUCAGAAUGCAUCCUCAGCUAUAACAUAAAGAGUGUGGCAUUACAUGUAGCCUGCAGUCUGACCUAAUUGUAUAAUGUAAAAGAGUCGUUAGAGGGAUGUGCCCUGUUGACUUCCACUCCCCAUGCAGAACUAUGAAGGCCCUGAAUGACGGGUUUCAGGAACAAUACAAACACACAUUAUCCUCAUGAAGGAACAUGCUGUUUGCUCACAUCAUGUUUAUUAUUA